CCCCAGGCAUGUGCCCUGACCAAGGAUGGAACUGGAUGGGACCUCUCAGUUCAUGGAACGACGCUCAGUCCACUGAGCCACAAUGGCCAGGUGGGAAUCAGAUUAUUUAGAUAAUUGUGAGGAAGAAAAGGAGGCUUUGGUUAGGAAGAAGCAUUGGUGAAGGAGUCCUGUGAGGAAGCAUUUGCUCUUACGUUCUAGGUUCAUACCCACCUGAUAAAAAGUGUGCUGGUGUAAGAGGCAGAAAUGCUGAGAACAGUUCCCUUGGAGAGCUGAAAAUCAGGUGGAAAGCAAAGGAAUCUUUUCGCAGUCUGCUUCUUCAAAAAUGUUAUUUACUAAAACCUAUCAAUAAUUAAAGUCAAAUAAAAGCUACCGGGAACUUUCAAGUUUAACAUAAAGGUUGACAUAGAACAUUGUGGUUUAUAGGAUGUUUCCAGAGAAGAUCCCGGGAGACUGAAGUCAGGCGCAGCACUUUCAUUCUUUUAGAAAACAGUCCUUUUGUUUCCUUUUCACAUUAAUUCCAUCCUAUAAAAAUGUUGUGAUAUAUAAGUUGGGCCUGAGCUUUGCUGGCCAGGCUGCACUGAUGCCGCUGCUGAAGCAAAAAUAGGGUAGGCGUUACUGGUCCCAUCUACAAGUGGAAAGCCUUCGCUGAAGGAGGCCCAGCGGCAGCGCCAAAGCUACGCAGAUCAUGCUGAGGUCAGGAGAGAUCAGGAACCCUGGUGCCAGAAUCUAGUCUGACGCAGGCCCUGCAGGAAGAGGACAGCAGUCCACCAGCCGGUAGCCUCUCUCCACACCCCUCCAGGGUAAGCGGUCCCAAGCUUCCUAAAGUCACUGUGGGGCUGGGAACCUUGGGCAUCUGGAAGCGCUGGCCCUGCCCUGUGCCUCCUCCAGGCUCUAUAGGCUCCGUGGGCUGGGGCAGGGCCGCACACAGCCCAUGUGAUGGAGUCAGGCACCGUGGGCUCAGCGUGCUGCUGGCGGUAACUGCUGGGUGCGCUGGGAGCUCCUGGGGCUGCCUUGGUGGGGAGUUACCCCCGCCUAAUGGGAUACAGUGAAUAAGGUGAUGAAAAAUCUUAGGUGAAGUCAUUAUCUUGGUAAUUUUAAUUAAUGAACUUGAUGUUCCAUAUUUUGUUUUUGUUGUCAUUGUACCAUUGGGAUUGGAAUCUACUUUUCAAUAGUGUGAUCUUGGUAACCAGCAAUUGCACUGACAUCUUGUGUGGGCUUUCCCAGAUUUUAAUGGUGAUGAGAUUAAAAUAUAGCUGAUCAUACUUGAGAUCUGACUCUGUGAAGCAGGAUGAGGUGAAUGUGAUCUGGAAAGAGCCUGCAGUGGAAGGACACCCAGUGCUGGUAAAUGGAGUCCUGUAGAAGAUUGACGACUGCCUGCCUCACAUUUUCAUAGAGACUUGAUGGACAAUGGCUUUAUUUAUAAAAGGGAAAAUCUCAAACAUAAUCAGUGGAAAAGGUAUGGAAUUCUUUGGUGCAUCAGGUUCACUGCCUGCCAGAUGUGAUUCUUUUCUCCAAAGUCGUGUACUGCAUACAGGCCACACAGGUGAACUCGGUCAGGGCUCCUUUUCCAGCUCACUGGCCGCCUUCUCACGUAUUUGCGUUUACAACUUCCUUUACGAACGGAAACAUUACCUGUAGUGAAGGUGCUGAUAUAAAGGAACAGAAGACUUAGAGAAAUGGUUGCCUCCUGGCUGGGGUGGCAAGUCCAUCUUGUAGAAGCUCGCCUUUUAGAAAGUUAAAUAGGGUUAAAGAAUAAGAUUUAUGAACCUUGUCCAACAAUGUGAUAAAUGCUCAGUUGUUCUGAACUCCCCUUGGAGUAUGGGUCAGCCAGAUCAUCUUCAGUGGAAUGCCUUUGUUUUCUCUAACCACGAAUCGGGGAAUUGGUAAUAACUUGAAGAGUGUUGUUGUUAUUAUCAAAUAUACAAGCAACAAAGCAAAAACUGCUCGGUUCACUGACCGAAAAGAUUAUAAAAAUGGUCAUGUUCAAAAUAGAAGUUUCCAGCCAAGGUUAAGAAGACUAACCUUGGGCUAACCCCAAGUAUCUCUUUCUUUUUAGAUCCAGUAGCAUCUAUUGUAAACAUAUAUUUCUUUUGAAACAAGAUCAUGUUCUGUAAACAUACAGCUUUGACUAACUAUUCAUUCUUGUCAUAAUGGAAGGUUUCUAUCUAUGCAGAUAAUAGGUGUUUUUCGGUAUUGUUUUCUGUGUAGUCCCCAAUCUUCCUAACUCAAAUUGGGGACUGAGGAUGGCUAGUCCUGUUAUAGUGCCAUAUUCUUCCAGCUGCUUCUCAGCCCAGAGUGGGGCCCUAAGCUGGAAGAGGCCUCAGACCAAACAGUCCAACCUGCCGCUUUCCAGAUGAGAAAACAGAGGCCAGGGAGAUCGGGUGACUGGCUGGGGUUCCUGACGCCUGGAGCAGCCUCUUUCACUCUCUUUCUGGAAAAUGUUCCUGGAGGCAAAAUGGGAAUUAACCCCGGAGCAGGACAAUGGCUCGUGGAAGAGCAGGAACAGAGAUGCAAUUGAGAGCGCUUAGUCGUGAGAUGAGGCAAGAUAUGCUGAGACUGUUCACUGCUCACCCAGAAAGAAGAGUAGCUGGGCCCAUCAGAAAAAGUUGCACCUGGAACUUGGGAAGUUACCCAGGAGGUCAUCCUGCAGAGGAGCCCGUGUCCUGGUGGCCUUAGAGGCUGCAUUACUGGAUCGAGAUGACCACAGCCACCCCUUUGAGGGAUACCACCUUCUUCUCAUUGAACGUGACCAACAGAGAAGAAGACUUUCUGUACAAGAGUUCUGGAGCUAUCGUUGCUGCCAUUGUGGUGGUUGUCAUCAUCAUCUUCACCGUGGUUCUGAUCUUGCUGAAGAUGUACAACAGGAAAAUGAGGGCAAGGCGGGAGCUGGAGCCCAAGGGCCCCAAGCCAGCCUCCCCUUCUGUCCAGGGCCCGAACAGCAGCAGCAGCCAACACCCUGCGACUGUAACCUUCAGCCCUGUUGACAUCCACGUGGAGACUCGGUGACCCCCACCCGGGUGCUAUCUUGGCCACUGUCUGAAGAGCCUUCUCCAAUCAAGACCAAGAAGCACAUUUCUCCUCUGGCAGCUUCACUAGGACUUCCUUCCGGUCAGAUCACUCAGAUCGACGGGGGCAUCUCGUGCUUCAGGCAAUCCCCACCCCCACCCGGCCCUGCCCUGCCCCAUCUCACCUCCACUACAUCUGCCACCUUACCGAAAAGCUGUGGAACACUCUUUUGUCAUCCGAGGAAGUAGAGCUAUGUUGGGAAUCCAAUGAUGUGGGUUUGGCUCUCUCCCCCCAACAUGAUAGCUGGACAGACAGACAGAAGACAGAUAGCCCAGGAGUUUUCUGGUCAGGGGUCAGGGGUCAGGUGUCAGGGGGUCAGGGCAUGCUCCUGAGAGUAUCACAACUGGGUCAAGAAGUCAGAGUAAGGGCCAUAUCCACAGCUUUGCCAAGCAACUAUUCAAUGCCAUAAUCAGGGGACUAACUGGACUAACUAACCAAAAAACACAGCUCAUUAAUUUGUAACUUAUUCCAGUACUAGAUGGCUGCUAGCUAGCUCAGAUCGAGUGAUUAGUCAGCAUGUUUCUCCCUCUUUAAAAAGGGUUGAGGAGAAAACUGAAUUCUUCUCCAGAGGUUUCUAAUUCAUUAGUAAAGAGUCAGAUUAGAGCCCUGGCUGGUUUGGCUCAGCCGUUGGAG